ACAACUUGGAAAGAGCCUUGAUCAGUAGUAUAAGAACCUUUUCGAGUAAUUAAACCUCCAAACUGUAAUUGCCAAUACCUUUGUCAUUUUCAUUCGAUAGGUAUUCGAAUAUACGACGACAACAUCAAAUCAACCGACCAAUUAGAGGCAAGGGCACUAAGCCAUAAAAAGAACUUAAUUGACAUCUACUCAAACAGCUGGGGGCCUGGGGACAUGGGUUGGCAAGUAGAGGGACCUGGCCCUCUAUUGACGAAGGUUCUGGAACAAGGAACACGACUGGGUCGCAACAACAAAGGAUCUAUCUUUGUUUUCGCGGCUGGAAAUGGUGGAAUCCCAGGCGACAGUUGCGCAUUCAGUGGAUACGUCAACAGCAUUUACACAAUCGCCAUCUCUGCCGUGAACUGGGAUGGCUCGGUACCAGCAUACACUGAGCAGUGUGCAGCCAUCAUGGCUGUGACGUACGGACAAGACAUGUUUACAAAUGGAAAGGAUAAAGCCCCUAUGAUAACCACAAUAGGUCGCCGCCAGUGCACCGAGGAAUUCUCAGGAACGUCUGCUUCUACUGCAAUGGCUUCUGGGAUAAUUGCUUUGGCGCUUGAAGCAAAGUAAUGGCAGUUGUAGUCGUGAAUUUGCCCAAUCUACAGAACCCCCAAUAUUAUUUACAUUUUGACAAUAUUAAGGAAUCUUUGUUAUUCAUUCCUGUCAAUUUAUUAUCGUCUAUCUCCUAAAAUUCAGAAAAUUUCAUCUGAAAUUAGGAAGCUUAUU